AUGUCAGAUAUAGAUAGUUCUCUAGGCAGAAAGUUAAAAGAUAUCGCAGCAGGUUUCAUUGGUGGUGCAACACAGGUGUUGAUUGGACAACCGGCUGAUCUUGUGAAAAUUCGAUUGCAAACUUCAUCUACCCCUACUACGUCUGCACAAGUGAUCAAGAAUGUGAUCAAAAACGAAGGAUUACUUGCAUUCUAUAAAGGUACGUUGCCUCCAUUAUUUGGGGUUGGUGCGUGUGUAUCGUUGCAGUUUUACGGUUUCCACGAGUGUAAACGUCAACUUUUAAAGCUGAGCAAUAGAAGUGAAUUAAACUUAUGGCCCCAAACAUACAUUGCUGGGGCAGUGGCUGGUAUAGUAAAUACUCCUGUUACUUCUCCGGUUGAACAAUUGAGAAUUUUAUCCCAAUCAAACACUAAGAGUGGUUCCAAUUCGUUGUUAUCUACAGUUAAGAAGAUAUACGCAGAAAGAGGGUUUACAAAUGGUAUAUACAGAGGAUUCACCGUCACACUAUUAAGAGAGACUCAGGCGUAUGGUGUGUGGUUCUUGGCGUACGAAUCGUUGAUCAGUUAUAUCCAAUCGUCAAGAGGUUAUAAAUAUAGAAACGAUAUUUCCACAGUGGAAUUGUUGACCGCUGGUGCAUUGGCAGGGAACGCCCUUUGGCUUUCAUCUUACCCAAUAGAUGUCAUUAAAUCCAACAUUCAGAGUGAUAAGUUUGGAGCUGAAUCGAGGUUUAAUGGUAGCAUGUCCUUGGCCGCAAAGCAUAUCUUCAAAACCAAUGGGUGGUUGGGAUUCUGGAAAGGAUUGGCCCCAUGUUUGAUAAGAGCUGUUCCAUGCUCCGCAGGGACUUUUGCUAGUGUAGAAUUGGCCUUGAGACUCAUGGGCUAG